CGUUGUUGCCCCUGGAGACGGAUCCGUCCCGGCGAGCCCGAGAGGCUCGACGAAAUAUGCGUGCCAGGAGCGACGUCUUUCCAUCUUGACAUUUUCGAACUUCUUCGACUCAAAUACACAGUACGCGAUGUGGAGCACAUUGGGACAGCCUCCGGGGACGGAGGAAGAGGAUCCACCUGAAGCUGCUGUUAGCGCAAAGCGGACAUGCGAAAGAAACGAAAAUCAGCUGGAUACCCUGAGAGAAAUUAUGCUGAGAAACAAGGAGAGUCUAAAGAAAAAGGAAGAGGAGGUCCAGGAGUAUGCCAGAAAACUGUCAAAAAUUAAAUCUAGAGCAAAACUGUCACGUCGCAAUAAAGAUGCAACUGCGUCAUCUUCUGAAACAAUGUCUAAGUCUAAUAUCGAGGUCUCCUCUUUGGAACCUGCAGAUGUGGUUGACGAUGUUAGCCAAGCAAAAACGCCUAAAGCAAAAUCCUCUUUGUUGCAACGGAAGUUGGCAGAAAAUAGGAAAAUAUUUGAGAAACGUAGUAAAGAGAUGACAGAAAGUAAAAGAGCAGUGGAAGAAAAGGUGGAAGCGAUCAGGCAACAGCUAGAAGAAAGAGAUUUAUCCUUGGUUGAGCUGCAGAAAGAUUGGGUGCCUGGAACACCAGUUAAACCAGUGACGAUUACUUCAGAGAUCGUCACUCCAAUGAUGCAACUAAACCAAGUUCAAGAUAAGGACAAUAAAAUUGCAGAAUUGAGCAAUAAAAUUUUAGAACUGGAAGCCACGAUCAUAGACCUCCGGGAGAACUUGAAAGAAAAGGACUCUGUAAUCGACUCGAAAACUAAAGCCGUUACCUUGAUGUCUGCUGAUUUAUCGAUGAAAGGUAAAACCACUUUGGACAAAUUAGAGGAUACCAAGGAUGAAAUGAGAUCCAUGCAGGAGCACUUUGUACUUUUGGAAACAUCAUUGAAAAGCAAAAAUGACAAUCUAUUGGAACAACUGCUGGAGCGUGAUAAUCGAAUAUCCGAGCUAGAAGAAACAAUUAAACGGUUUGAACAACAAUUGCAAGAGCAGAAACUGGCUGAAACUGCAAGUGCAGAUUUCUCUCGUUCGACUAUGGAUACCUUAGCCGACACGAAGGAAGCUAUGAAGUCUAUGCAGGAGAAUUUUGUCCUGAUAGAAACGUCUCUAAAGUCGAAAAUUGAGAACCUUCUCCAGCAGCUGCAGGAUCGCGAGACCAGAUUGACGGAAGCUGCGGAAAGGAUAUCGAAAUUGGAAACAGGCACCAAAACAACCAAAGAACCAGUUGUCACCGAAUUACACCAUCGGUUGGAUGAGGCAGAACGGAGUAUCGAACAGCUACAGAACGAGAAGCACGAGUUACAGAAAAUUAUCGACGAGUCGCAGAGGAAAGUCUUGUCCACGGAACCUGUGCACACCAACGAUUUAAUAAUUGAAAAGGACAACAGGAUAGCUGAGCUAGAAAAUUUAAUAGAAGAACUGAAAAAGUCCAACCAGCUCCUGGAAGAGGAAUCGACGUCCGAGUUGAAGAACCAAGUCGCCGAGUUAUCAACGAGAAACGAGGAUUAUUCCAACAGAAUAAACGAACUCGAGAAGCAGGUACAUAUCCUCGAAAUCGAGAAGAACGACCUGGCGAUGAAAGUGCCCUCCGAAGGUGAAGCCCUAGGAGAAAGUGAAAAAGUGAUGCAACUCACUAAGGAGUUAGACGAUCUUAAUAAAUCCAUGAUAAAAUUGAAGGCACAGCACAAGGUUAAACUGAAGAAUCUUCAGAAACAACUGGAGAGCUUCAAAAUGCUAUCCGAUACGAAUGCCGAACUGGUGACACUGGGCAACCAAGUGGCACUGCUGGAGGAGGAGAAAGGUAACCUUCAGCUGAGUCUGGUAGACUUUGACGAGCUUAAAGCUUCUGCAGCAGAUUGGCAGGAUCGCAUCGCAGAUCUAGAGUCCAAGGUAUCGACUCAAACUAAGGAGAUCCAGGAUCACAUCGAUGCCAUCGCUACCCUGGAGAACCAAAAGUUAGAUCUAAUUCAAGAACUCCACUCGGUGAAGCAGGAACUCUCCACCCUCGAGGCAGAAAACGCGGAGUCGGAGAACCUCCGGGUGAUCGCCGAGAUGAAGGUCGUCGAACUCGAAGAGCAGAUCGAGUCCUUGAUGAGGUCGGCCAGCACGAAUAAGCAGACGGAGUCCAAUGCCGAAGAGCUGUCGAAGAAGGUCGAGGCUCUGGCCAGAGAAAAUCAGGAACUCCUGGACAAGCUGGCCAAACUGGAAGAAAAAGGAACUUCGGAUGCUGGAUCUACGGAGUCUUUCGAAACCCUGCAGGACGCCGAUAAGAACGAAUUGCUGAGGAGGCUCGAAGAGCUGGCACAGAGGAACAACGACCUCGUCGCAAAGCUGAGCAACCUCGAGGAGAAACCUGGCUCAAAUUGUGGCUCCACGGAGUCCUUCGAGACGAUCCACGACGCCGACAAGACCGAGUUACUGAAGAGGGUCGAGGUGCUCUCCAGGGAGAACAACGACCUGCUGGCGAAGCUGACCAAAUCCGAGGAGAAGGGCUCCUCGGACAGCGGAUCCACGGAAUCCUUCGAGCGGAUCCCGGAACAGGACGGGAAUUCGAUGGUCGAGAUGCUGACGAAGGAGAGCACCGAGUUGGUCUCGAAGCUCCUGGCAUUGGAGCUGAGACUCGCGACUGGGAGCGGACGGGAAGGGUCGGAAGAGAGAUCCGAGGUUGAGGGAACUCCUGGUGAUCUUGAAGAACCCGGAGAAAAGGGAAGCGAGUCGAUCGAGGAUGGCAACGAACCUCAGGGUCGGGAACCGGAAUCAUCAGGGGAGAGCAACGUCGAGGCGAAGGUCAGAUUCCUGAAGGAGAGAAACGAGGAGCUGAAGAACAGGUUACUGAGCCUGCAGGAGUUGCCGAACGUUGGUACUGCAGACGGUCUCAGGAUCGAACCUCGCGGACCGGAGGAGAGGACGGAAUUUCUGACGAAGGUCAAGGAGUUGGAGGAUACGAAUGAGAAAUUGCAGGAGGAGCUCAACGCGAUGAUUCGGGAGAAGGAAGAGCUGUCCGCGAAGGUCGAUCGUCUGCAGAGAGAUCUGACGAAGCUGGAGAAGGAAUCCUUGCAGCAAGGACAACCGGGGGAGACUAAAGAAACAUCCUCGCAGGCAUCCGAAGAUCCGGCUAAAAAUUCGGAGAUGGAAUCUUCGAUCAAAAUAGCUUCUUUGGAGGAUGAGCUAACGGAAUGCAGAAGGGUGAUCUCGGAACGGAACGCCAUCAUCGAGGAGAUUAAGCUGAAGCUCCUGGAGCAGGAGGAGGAACUUAGAAUAAAGAGAAGUCUAAUAUCCGACCAACAGGAAGCCGAAAAGACCGAGGAGGACUCGAGGAACGAGCUCGAAGACCACUUGAACGUAAUUGAGGAAUGGAAAUCAAAGUGCGCUCAGAUGGAGGAGAGGAUAAGUGUUCUCGAGGCCGGUAAUCGAUCCAUGGAAGAGGAACUCAAGACUUUGAGGGAAGGAAGGGAGCGUCUCGAGAGUCUGGAGACCCUGAAGAAGGAUUUGGAGGACACCCUGGCGAACCUCGGGGUCAAAGAAGACCAGGUGUCCUCGUUGAAGGCCGAGGUCCAGAAGAGAGACGAGGAACUCGCGGAGGCUCUCUCGAGGCUCCAGAACGAAACCGUCAAGAACGACGACCUGCUCUUCGAGCUGGACAUCCUGAAGACCGAGCUUCGUCAGAAGGAGUUCAUAAUGACCCUUGCCGUGGACGAGAUACGAAGCCUGAAAAAUCCUCCUCCCGGGGAGGAGUCCUCGUCCCGGGUGCACACUCUGGAGGACGCGGCCCUCGAGUCCAACGAACUGAUCCAGCAGGUGGUUGAAAUCGGAGCGACCUUGAAGGAGACCCGCGAGAGGCUGGAAGAGCGGGAGAAGGACACCUUCGACCUGCGCCAUCGGUUGGACCGGCUAAUCGAGAAGAUCCGAGAGCUGGAGAACAGAUUCGUCGAUAAGGAGCGAGAGACGGAAGAGACCCUGAAGAGGACCAGGCUGGUGGAGGACCGACUUCGAGCGGCAUUGGUCGGGAGAUCCGAAGCCGAAGACAGGGUGCACCAGCUGGAAUGGGGCCCGAAGGGCGAAGACGAGGGCGGGGAGGAUUUCAGGCUCGAGUUGCGAGGCCAGAUGGAGAGGCUGAUGCUCAGGGUCAAGGAAGUGGAGACCGCGUUCUCCCAGAGGGAAGCGCAACUCGAGGAGGCCCGAAGUAAGUCGAGGAAACUGGAGGACGAGCUGAAGGAAGCGAAAGAAUCGAAGUCCACGCGCGUCCGGGAACUCGAGGACAUCCUGGAGAACAACGAGAGAUUCACGCAGGACUUGAGGAACGAGCUGAGCGACGCCUACAAGAUGAUGGAGCAGCUGAAAGAGAAGCACUCGGAGGACGUCGCGAUGCAGGGGAGCAGGUUGGAGGUGCUCAUGGAAGAGGUGCAGGCGAAGAGCCAGGAGCUGGAGCGCGCGAAUGCCGAACUCGAGGAGAGGAUCCCGUUGAGCACCAAGGUCGAACUGGAGGCCAGGGUUCGAGAACUGGAAGCCACGGUCGCGGACCUCGAAGAGAAACUCGUCGAGGCGAACGAGAAGUCCAGGGCCCAGCGAGACAAGAUGAUAAGGAUAGCGGCGAACCUGAAGAAGAAGGCGGCGGAUUUGCAGGACCUUGAGUCCCGAGCCAAGGAACUCGAGGAGAGGUACGCGACCGAGAAGGAAGAGAAGGAGACCUUGAAUUCGAGGAUCCAGGACCUGGAGCGACGAGCCGACGACCUGGAAGGUAGGUACGCCCUGGAGAAGCAGGAAAAGGAAGCCUUGAACCUGAAGAUAGAGGAGGAGAGGAGGACCUUCGAAGCCUCGGCUAUGGAGGAGGAGACCCUGAAGGGGCGGCUGAGAGAGACGGAAACCGCUCUUCUCGAGCGGGACAACAAACUCGCCGACCUCGAAGAAAAGCUUCUGCAGGCCAGAAACGAGACCACGAACGCGCUGGAGACGGUCGAGGCCUUGACGAACGAGGUCAACGGAUCCAAGGAGAAGAUCGCCCUGCUGAUGGACCAGGUCACCGGGAUGGGAGAAGAGAUAGGCGAGCUGAGGAGCAGGCUGGAAGCGAGAUCGGCCGAGGUCGAGGUGGAGAGGUCUCGAAAGGAAGCCCUUGCCGUUGAGCUCGAGUCCUACAGAUCGAGCCUCGUCGAAAGGGAAGCCAAGGAUCAGGAAGCUCUGGACGAGGCCAAGGAGAACGCCCGCGAGCUCAGCGUCAGGAUGGACGUCAUGGAGAAGGAGUACGUCGAGCAGCUCGCCCAGAUCCAGCAGCUGAGGACGGAGAACGGUCUGUUGUCCUCGAAGGAGACGCAGAUCGUCGAGAAGCUGGAGAACGUCGAGAAAGAGUCGGAGGAACGAAGAGUCCUGCUCGACCAGCUACGACUGGAGAACGCGGGCCUCCUGGAGAGGCUGGAGGUAAGCCUGAACUCCUCGGCAAGGUUGGAGGACCUUGAAGUACAAUAUCAAGACAAGGAGAAGGAAGCCCAGGAACUGAGGAUUUCCCUGCUAGAGCUGAAGAUGGAUAACGAGAGACUUCUAGCGAGGCAGGAGAACGACGAAAAGAAGGCGGAAGAGCAAGAAAUCCUCAUCGACCAGCUGCGACUGGAGAUCGUCGAACUCUCGAAGAGGUUGCAAGAGGCGAGUCUGAACGCCUCGGCAAAGGUCGAGGACCUUGAAGAACGAUGUCGAGCUAAGGAGAAGGAAGUCGAAGAGCACAGGCUUCUUCUCGAGGAGCUGAAGUUGGAGAACUCGAGGUUGCUGGAGAAGCUGGAGACCUCCCCGAAGGAUUCCAGGCUCGGCACCUCUUCUGGAGAGGAGAUGGAUGCCGAAGAGGGGCUCGAGGUUAUCCAGGUCAGGGGGUCGGGACCCUGCGAACACUGCGAUCGAUGCCAGACCGCGAUCCAAGCAUUGGAGGCCAAGCUCCAGGAAAGGGAUGCCGAAAUCGAGAACCUCGACAACGAACUGGCGAAUUCAAUUGGAAAUUUCGUUCAUAUGAGGGAGACCUUGAGGUUCAACGAUAUGAUGAACAACCAGCCCGGGUCUCAAGGUCGAGUCGACGAGUCCUACAACCAGUUGCUGUAUCAGCACGACAUGCUCACUGCCAGCAACGAGGAGAUCAAGCAAAAGCUCAACGAGACCGUCAGGGAGAACAAGGAACUGGCAGAGAAGAUCAACAGCUUGCAGUCCUUGAACUUCAUCCUCCAGGAUAGAAUAGGCUCCCUGGAAGAGGAGCUGGCUCGCCAGGGAGUUCAAGACCCGACUCAGGAUUUAGGAACGCCAAACCCAGGACCCGUCGACCUCGAAGAAGCCAAACAUCCAGAGAAGUCCGCACUCGACUUCGAAGGACUGUCCGUCGAACUCAACAGGGUCAACGCGUUAAAGGAGGACCUGGAGAACGAGGUUUCCAGGUUGAAGACGGAAGUCGAUUCCUGGCAAAAGAGGAGUUUCGAUCUGCAAUCGGAUCUUGAGGAGAGGCGAACCGAAGUCGAGGACCUGAAGAAGAAGGCAAAGGAGCUGUCCUCCAAGGAAGGAAGAGAAGGAACCGCCACCAAGAAGGAGCCUCCGCUGUUCGAUGCUGCCAAGGUCUUCGGGUUCUCCACCGAGGUGGACUCGAGCCUGGAAGAGGACGUGUCGAGGCUGAAGGACCUUUUGAACAGGAAGCAGGAAGAGAACGAGAGGCUGACCAGGCUGUUGGGUGCCGCGAAACGUCGAGUUUCCUCGCAGAGACAAUGUCUGGAUUGUGCGGUCUCGACGGACGCCCCGGAGAACGCCUGGGCGAUGCUGAAGAGCCACCUUGACGAGACGGACAGACUUUUGGACUCGGCAAGCCUCGAACCCGGUCAGGAGACGACACGAGAGUCGGACUCCCCGGAAUUGGCAGCCUUGGUCGCAGCGAAGGACGAAGUGAUUCGGUCCUUGGAUGCGGAAUUGGCUGCUCUUCAGGGUGAGGUACGGUCCGUGACGUCUUCGAGGGACGACUUGAAAGACCUCUUGGAGGCAAAGAGCGCCUUGAUUUCUAAGCUGGAGAACGACAGGUCGGAGUGUCUCGCGGAGAUCGACUGUCUGAAGUCCGAAAAGUCAGAUCUGAACAGACUGCUCAACAGAAUCCAUAUGAUACUCGAGGAGAAGAUCGGCGAGUUCCUGGGAACCACUUUAUCUCCCGGUAGAGAUGCAUCCGCCCUGGAAAACCAAGUCGGUCGAGUGGUGUCCGAGCUUCGUCAGCUGCUGGUCGAGAAGGAGGAGCAUCUCGUCUCCCAGGCUGCCCUGAAGAGCAGGAUCCAGCAGUUGGAGAACCAGGUCCAGGAGACCGAGGACCUUGGACGAGUCCACGAACUCCAGGAAAGGGCGAGUAAGGUUCUUAGAGAGCGGGACAUUCUGCAGCUGCAGGUGAACGAGCUGACGAGGUCGCUGGAGGAUCUGAGGAAGCAGCUGGAGGAGGUCUUCAGGGAGAGAAACGAGCUCAAGGAAAAGGUCAAGGGCCUCUCUCGAGUCCUGGAUGACCUCGAAAGGAAGCCAAUCGAUGGACGCGGAGACGUUGCCGAAACUAGGACCAUCGAAGUUGAAGAACGGCCGACAGAAGUCGUCGAGGAGGUUCUUGCGAAGUCUUCAGGGUGGGACGAGUCCGCUGGAGCGAUGGACGAAGAGGAACCGUGGGGCUGGAACGCCGAUGAGGUAAAAUUGAUGGAUGAUAGUCAAUUCGUAGGUGGUCCUCUCGUUCCCAGCACGGAGGUGCAGCUGCAGACGAAGAUAGCCGAACUCGAAGACCGGGUGAAGGACCUCGAAGCCGAGAAGGCCGUUCUCCAGGAGGAGAACGGCUUGGCGAAGGUCAGGAGCGGCAGGCUCGUCAAGAAGCUGAAGGAGUACAAGAUCCAGGUUGAAGACCUGCAACAACAGCUAAAGGACCUGAGGUCUACUGGAAGUGGAUGCGAUCUCGACUCCGCCAUUAGAGAGGAACUGGAAUUGAACUUGAAGCGGCUGGAGGAGAGGCUGGCGGAGUCCAGGACAGAGAUCACAAUGUUGACCGUCGAGAAGGACUCCCUGGUGAAUAGAAUAGACGUCCUAGUGGCGGCUAACGAGGCUUUCGUCGAGGCCAAGGAGCGGCAGGACAUGCAGGUCGAAGUCCUAGAGAUCAGGAAUAAAGAGCUAGCUGGGAAGGUGGAAACUCUGCAGCACAGGGUCCAAGAAAUGGAGACCCUGAUCAGGGUAGAGGACUCGGAAAACGGGUCCAAGGUUUCAGGGGAUCUAGGAGAGCUCGGAGAGACUUGCAGGAGACUUCAGGACGAGGUCGACGAUCUGAAGACCCAGAUGGAGGCCCUAGCCGCGGAGAAUGACCAGCUCAGGCAUAUCCUGGAAGAGAGGAGGAGCCGAAAGGUCGGGGGCCAGGAAGCCGAAGACCUGGCGAGGGAGAACGAGGACCUGAAGACCGGAUUAAGAAAUCUCUCAAGGGACUACGACCUCCUGAAGACGAAGUUCGAGGAGUUCCAGUUGGAGGCGAAGGGUGACCCCGGAGAAGUCCCUCGUUUCCAGGAGCUGGAGGAGGCGCUGAAGACCGAGGCAGAGAAUUUACGCGAGGAAGUCGAGGCGCUAAAGUCCCUUGUGGCGGAUCUUCAACAUCAGCUGGAGAACGCCGUCCGGGAGAAGUCCAGCCUGGCUUCAAUGUUAGAAGCCGAGAGAGAAGGUUUCCGGGAGGAUUCGGAGUCCUUCGAAGCCAGGACCUCCGAGCUGGCCGACCAGCUGCGAGUGGUUCUCCAGGAGAAGGCCGAGUUGACCCUGAAGAUCGAGCGACUCGAGCUGGAGGCCGAAGAGAAAAUCUCCUCGUUGAACUCGAACCUGGCCGAGACGACGGAAUUCUCGAAUCUGCGAGUGCAGGAAGUCGCCGACCUCAGACAAGCGAUCGGGGAAUUAUCGAUCGGCGUUGAUCAGAAGGACCAGGAGAUCCUGAAACUGGGGGCCCUCCUCUCGGAGAGAGAAGACCAGCUCGCUCGUCUGCAGAGUCCAGAGAACCUGGAGGCGAUCACGGAGAGGAUCUCUAAGGACCUCGCCGAGAAGCACUCCUUCGAGAUCCAGGAGAAGGAUGUCAGGAUCCAGGACCUGAGGAGGACGUUGGAGAACGCCGAUCAAGAGCUCGACAAUCUGAAAACCGCCAUGGGCGUCCUGGAGAACUUUGCGAGGGACCAGGGCAUCCAGGUCGAACAGAGGAACGCCGAGCUGAUCUUCAAGGAUCAGGAGCUCACGCGAUACCUGGAGGAGCUCGAGAAAACCAGAGAAAAAUUGGCUUGGUACCAGCAAGAGGCGCAGGUAUUCAAAAACGAGCUGGACCUGGUGAAUAAUCUCUUGGACGAGGCGAGGUCGUCCGAGGAGGCCCUGAGGAAGAAGAUAAAGAGCCUCGAGGAAGAACUCGGCGAGGCUCUAGAGAGGAGUCGGAAUUUAGUCGAAGAGGUCGAACGACCUCACGAUCAAAAGUCUUCGGAGGUCCUCGAGGUCGCUCCCAGGGCCAAGAGGGAAACCGGAGGACUCCCUCUCUUCAAAAUGGGCGACGAUUCCGGAGAGGUCGCGGAACUCCUCGAGCUCGUCGAGAAGCUGAAGACCGAGCUGAUAGCCAAGGAGUCCGAGGUCGAACAUCUCGAGUACGUGUUGAGCGAGAACGUCUACCCCAGAGUCAUCCAGGAACUCCAGGACGACAUCAAUCGACUUUACAACGACAAAGUUCGACUGCAGGAGCUUUUGGAGGACAGAGAGUGUCAACUGAAGAUGCUCUCGGAGGAGAGGCAGAGAGAAAGCUCGACUCCUGGAGAGAAGGAGGAAACUCCGGACAGGGCCUUUGACCAAGAGAUCGCCAGGUUGCAGGACCGACUGCGCGAGAAGGAAGAUUAUCUGGCCAGGAUUACGAAGGAGAAGGAGGAGAUCGCAACCUCGAAGAGCAGAUUACAGGAGGAGAAAAGCCUCCUCCUGGAAGAUCUCCGUUUAAGGGAGAACGACUUGGAGAACCUGCAGAUCCAGGACGAGGAGGUGAAGCGGGAUCUCGAAGAGAGGCUGAGAAGGAAGGACGAAGAACUCGAGCUCGCCAGGACCAAGUUACAGGAGGAAAGCAUCGCGAAGGAGGCGGAACUCGCGAGGAUCCUCGCCGAGAAGGACGACGUCCUCCUCAGGAUCUCCAAAAAGAAGGAAGAGGAAAUCGAAGCUUUGAAGAUCCAGCUGCACGAGGAAACCGGAGCCUCGAAGACCCGCCUCGAAUUGGAGAACGACCUCCUGGAGAACCUUCGUCUGCGAGAAAAGGACCUGGAGAAUCUACGAAUCCAGGCCGAAGAGUCCAGGCUCACCCUGGAGGAGACUCUUAGAAGGAAAGACGAGGAGCUGGAGCAGGUCCGUUUCCAGUUGGGGCAGGAAAAUUCAUCCAGGGAGGAAGAGCUGAGGAGCCUGAAGACCUCUCUCCGUGAGAGGGAUCUGAGGAUCGAGGAACUGCUGGCUCUCUCCGGGGAAGAGGCCAAUCAACUCGCCGAACUCAGAGGCCUCGUGGAGGUCAGGGAGAACGAGGUCUCCCGCCUGAGAGAGGAGUUGGAGGCCAGGUCCCGGGAGCAAGAGUCCCUGAGAAGAAUACUGAGGCACCAGGAGGCCUCGGGGGAGGAAACCGACGAGGCUGGCGGCGCCGUUGCAAACCCCACGGGCGAAACUUCCGGCGAACUCGACCUCGCUCUUCACAUGCUCUAUCAGAGGGACGUCAGGUGCGAGGAGCUGACCUUGGAGCUGAUGCAGCUGUUGGAGGAGCGGGACACCCUCCAGUUACGGCUCUCCAACGCGAUCAGGGUCAACGAAGAGCUAAGAAGGAUGGUGCCCCCUGGAUCCGAGAAAAAGGAGGGCGACCCCACCCCGGAGGACGAGCCCAGGGUGGAGACUCCCUCGCCCUCGAAGUCUCCCUCUUCAGGGCCAAUAGAAAUCGCCAAGGAGGCCAUCGACGCGCCCAUAGGCGAGGAUAAGGCCGCGCUCGCCGAGAAGCUAUCGCAGUUGAAAAACGUCGGUCACACGAAGGACGUCAGGCUGAGGGACGAUCGCGAGCUCAGGCACGUCCAGCAAAUGUCUCUGCUUGCCAGGAAAGAGGCCCUGAGCAACCUGCCCCCCGAGGCCGCCGCCAGACUCGUCAACGCUAAUUACACCCUCUCUCGAGACGUCCAGAGCCAGUCGAGCGUCCUGUUGAAUUGGCUGAGGGGCAAGAGUCCUUCUCGCAGCACGCCGAAGAUAGUGCACAUGUGAUGGACGAGCAGAAGUGAUCGUCGAGUGACUCUUGCCUCGUUGGUGCCGAAGGGGUCCAACUGCCGAGACCCCCCGCGAUGACCUCGGGUCAGCCGAACCAGCUGAGCCAGUUGGAAGAAGGCCUAGAGGAGCUAGAGCGCGAUCCUGAGGGCAUCUUGCGCUGUACAUAAAGUCGAGAACCGAUUGUAUCAUAAGAUCUUGCGGCAUAGGGACGUCGGGGGCAAAGGCGGUUCGACGCCGUGGAAGCCUGGAGUCCUGUCGCUCCUUCCGAAGGAUAGCGCGGAACAAAGAGAAUUGUAUAUUUAGCUACUUUUUCUCGCAGGGUCUCGCGCAGGGUCGCCGGCCGAGAUUCGUCCUCCAGGGUACUGGGGAGAAAUAAAUACGCUAGGAGAAGGGCUAGGGGAUAUAGGAUGAGCCUGUAUAAAGGUUUCUCGGGAGAGAAACCGAGCGAUCGUCGACCGGUAUUGCGAGAUGUCGCGCGCCCUGGCCUCGCUAGAAAGUAUUCGCCAGAGUAGAGCGUUCUUCGAGCGGUCCCGGGAAUAUGUUGGGACGGGCCGCUUUCGGGCCUUUUCUACGAUAACCUGUCAUCGUAAACGACGACGACUAAGUCGGGUCGGGGCAUUUCAAUAUGUAUGUACCGAAGAAUGUAUUUAUAUUGAUUAAACUUAAAACAAUUGA